UUAAUUUUUUACUUAAAGAUGUACUCAAAAACGAAAAUACCAGAAUGGAAUGGCAAUAAGACUACCGAGAAAGAAGAUCAAUAUUGAGAGAAAGGUCCUGAAGACACUAUUUCUAAAAUACAGUUCUCAAAUGUCACAAGACUUGAAGAAAAUCCAAGAUUUAUCUCUUGCUCAUCAUGGGAUAAUAUGAUAAAAGUCUGGGAAUUAGACAAGAGUUAUUUGAAAAUCGAUAUCAAACAUGUAGGAGAAACCUCAAUGGAUGCUCCAGUCUUAAGUCAUUGCUGGGACCCAGAGAAUGCAGUUCUAUUUGGUGCAUGAGCAGAUAACAAAGUCAAAAUGUGGGAUGUGGGUAAAGAUACAAUAACCCAAGUCGCAGAACAUGAUUAUUGCGCAAAUAAUGUUUUCUACUGAUUCGAGAAUAACAUCCUAAUUACAACAGGGUGGGAUGGCCACAUUAAAUUCUGGGAUUUGAAAGAUAACAAGCCAGUGUUUGAUAUAGAUUUGUCUCCUCUGAAAAUUUGGACUGCAUCAUAUCAAUACCCAUGACUGGUUGGUUGCCUAAGUGAUAACACAAUUUUUGCUUAUCAUAUGGAUCAUAUAACAAAAUAAGAACCAAAGCAAACCAGACUUAGAAACUGAUAGUCCCCUCAAGUUUCAAACUAGAUCAGUUGAAGCUUUCCCAGACGGAGAUGGAUACAUAGUGACAUCAAUUGAAGGAAGAUGAGGAGUCAAGAAUAUUGAUUGGAAUUACAUCAGUCGCAAGCAAUCUGAAGAUUUUAACUUCAAAUGUCACAGAAAGAAUUAACACAGCCAAUGAUGUAUACCCAGUCCACCAGGUCUCAUUCAACUACAAGUUCAAGACAUUUGCAACAUGAGGAGGAGAUGGUACCUAUACAAUAUGGGACAAGGAUAAAAGGAAAAGACUCAAAAUUAGUGGAGGAUGUGACUCCCCUAUUACAGCUGUCAAAAUGAGCCCAAAUGGAGGCAUGCUAGCCUACGGUUUUGGAUAUGACUGGUCUAAAGGCUGUGUAGGAGCAGGAUCAUACGGAGUCGGAAUGUUCAUUCAUCCAACAAUGGAAAAAGAAAUCAAGAGCUCAAGUUAAUAAAAAUUCUUCUCAAAAAUGACUAAG